AUGUCCCCCGCCAACACGACAACGGACAGACGUCCCAACUUCCUCGUCAUUGUCGCAGACGACCUGGGCUUUUCCGACAUUGGCGCUUUCGGCAGCGAGAUCAAAACGCCCAAUCUCGACAAGCUCGCAGAGAACGGGCUCAAGUUCAACGACUUCCACGCCGCCUCAGCAUGCUCACCAACGCGAUCCAUGCUGCUGACAGGCACCGACCAUCACAUCGCGGGGAUCGGCACCAUGGCAGAGACGCCCGACUUUGAGUUCCACAAGGGCAAGCCCGGCUACGAGGGCUUUCUCAACGACCGUGUCGCGCCGCUGCCGGAGCUGCUGCACGAUGGCGGCUACCUGACGCUCAUGGCGGGAAAAUGGCAUCUUGGGCGCACGCCGGAGCGCUUCCCCUCGGCGCGCGGCUUUGAACGGUCGUUUGCGCUGCUCCCUGGCGCUGCGAACCAUUUUGGGUACGAACCGAUAUUGGACGAGCAAGACGAGUUGCCAAAUUGGCUGCAGCAGAUUCCCAGCGUCUACGUCGAGGGUGACGAGAACAUCCACCCCAAGAGCCUCGGGCCCGACUUUUACUCGAGCGACGCAUUCGCCGACCGGCUUCUGGAGUACUUCAAUGAGCGCUCGUCGCAGGACAAAGAACGGCCGUUCUUUGCAUAUCUGCCGUUCACGGCGCCGCACUGGCCGCUGCAGGUGCCGGACGAGGACCGCGACAGAUACAGGGGCCGGUACGACGACGGCCCCGAGGUACUGCGCCAGGAGCGCAUCGCCAAGCUCAAGGCCCUCAAGCUCGUGCCCCAAGAAGCACCGGCGCAUCCUGUCAUUGCGUUUCCAGAGGAUAAUGAGCUUAGCAAGGAGUGGGAGCAGCUGUCGCCCGAGGGCAAGGCCGCCUCUGCGCGGCGCAUGGAAAUCUACGCCGCCAUGGUUGAGCGCAUGGACACGCAGAUCGGCAAAGUGACUGCGUACCUCGAGCAGACGGGUGAGCUGGAUAAUACAUUUGUGCUCUUCAUGUCGGACAAUGGUGCCGAGGGCCUGCUUCUCGAAGCCGUGCCCAUGGUCGGCGCCAACUUUGAGGAGCAUCUCGAAAAGUACUACGACAACUCGAUUGGCAACCUCGGUCGGUACAACUCCUUUGCGUGGUACGGCCCGCGCUGGGCCUCGGCCGGCACGGCGCCGUCGCGGCUGUACAAGACCUUUACCUCUGAAGGCGGCAUCCGCGUGCCCUUCAUCCUGCGCUACCCGCCCUUUUCCGCCCACCGCGCCGGCGGCAUCGAGAGCGCCUUUACGACGGUCAUGGACAUUUGCCCGACGAUCCUGGAGCUCGCGAGCGUGAAGCACCCGGGGACGCUAUACAAGGGCCGCGACAACGCCCCGUUGCGCGGCCGGUCGUGGGUGCCGUAUCUGCGCAGAGGCGGCAACGGCAACGGCGAGAUCCAUUCCGCCGACCACAUCACGGCGUGGGAGCUCUUUGGGCGGAUGGGCCUGCGCCAGGGAAAGUGGAAAGCGAUUUUUAUUCCAAAACCGUUCGGGCCGGGAAGGUGGCAGCUGUAUGAUCUGAGCGUGGACCCGGGCGAGACGGAGGAUCUGGCGGCGCAGCACGAGGGCAAGAUGGGAGAGUUGCUGGAGGCGUACAAGGAUUAUGCGCUGGAAAUGGGGCUCGAUGACAGCCAGUUUGAGUACGGGACGUUUUUGAACACUGCGCAGUAG